AUGGAAGAAGUGAGGAAGACCGCCGUCCAGAUGCAGAGCCCUAUCAAGACUGAGUGGAAUUCCCGCUGUGUCCUUAUCACCUAUUUCCAAGGGGACAUUAGCAGCGUAGUGGACGAACACUUCUCCAGAGCUCUGGGCAAUGUCAAGAGCCCCCAGGGACUCAGCCCUUCCAGCCAGAGUGGAGAUGUGAUCCUGAGGAAUGAUAGUGGCAUGCCUCCAAAUCAGUGGCGUUUCUCUUCUCAGUGGACAAAGCCACAGCCGGAAGUAUCUUUUGCAAAUGGUGCCGCCAGCUGCAGCUUGCGUGGAUCUGGUCCCAUGGCUAUGGAUCAGUAUCCAGUGUCCCUGACCGGGAGCCCUUCCAUUCAGCCUGGCGAGCUGAGGCAUUUCUCCUCCCUCGCCAGCUCCAGCUCCCCAGAGCUUGGCUACCCUCAUGCCUUUUCCACUGGGCACUCGGUUCCAGAGCCCCAGCCUGAUGGGAAGUAUGAGCCCCUCCUAAGCCUCCUCCAGCCAGAGAGAUGCCUAACCCAUCCUCAGGAAUCUGCCUCGUGGGAGGAUGGCAACUCUGCCCAGACGGCCGGAAGCAUGGGAUUGCUCUUCAACCUGCCUUCCGGCUCAGCCCACUUUAAGAAAAUCUAUUUCCCCCCUGAUGGUGGACCUGCCAGUGCCAGCCUUGCAGUUGAAAAAAGCCAGUCUCCAGAGAGAAGAAAAGAUCUGUUCUUUUACUGA